CCUUCUCAUGUGUGGGUUCCUGAUGGUGGAACCAGGGCAAGAUUUACUGCUUGCUGCCUUGAGCGAGAGUGGGAUUAGUCCCAACGACCUCUUUGAUGUUGAUGGUGGAGAUGCUGGGCUCACGACUCCUACUCCUCCUUCAGUUCAACAGUCGAUGCCACUUAGUGCAUUAGAACUAGGUUUGGAGACAGAAGCAGCAGUUCCUGUUAAACAAGAACCAGAGACAAUGUCUACUCCUGCACUGUUAAAUGUGAGGCAGCAGCCUCCAUCCACUACAACAUUUGUGCUGAAUCAAAUAAAUCAACUUCCGACCUUGGGAUCUACAAUUGUAAUGACUAAAACACCACCUGCAACAACCAAUAGGCAAACCAUCACUUUGACAAAAUUUAUCCAGACUACGGCAAACACACGCCCUUCAGUCUCAGCACCAGCAGUACGAAAUGCCUUGCCCCCUGCUCCUUCAAAAGACCAGGUUCAGUUGAAGGAUUUACUGAAAAAUAAUAGUCUAAAUGAACUCAUGAAACUGAAACCACCUGCUAACAUUGCUCAGCCAGUUGCGACUGCAGCUACUGAUGUCAGUAAUGGUGCAGUAAAAAAAGAAUCUUCUAAUAAAGAAGUAGCAAGAAUAUGGAUAAAUGACAUGAAAAUGAGGAGUUUUUCCCCCACCAUGAAAGUUCCUGUUGUUAAAGAGGAGGAUGAACCAGAAGAAGAAGAUGAGGAAGAAAUGGGUCAUGCAGAGACGUAUGCAGAGUACAUGCCAAUAAAAUUAAAAAUUGGCCUGCGUCACCCUGAUGCAGUAGUGGAGACUAGUUCUUUGUCCAGUGUCACACCUCCUGAUGUUUGGUACAAAACUUCCAUCUCUGAAGAGACCAUUGAUAAUGGCUGGCUCUCAGCGUUGCAGCUCGAAGCGGUUACCUACGCAGCCCAGCAACAUGAAACAUUCCUCCCUAAUGGAGAUCGUGCUGGCUUCUUAAUAGGUGAUGGUGCUGGUGUGGGCAAAGGCCGGACGAUAGCAGGGAUCAUAUAUGAGAACUAUUUGUUGAGUAGAAAGAGAGCACUGUGGUUUAGUGUAUCAAAUGACUUAAAAUAUGAUGCUGAAAGAGAUUUAAAGGAUAUUGGAGCAAAAAACAUUUUGGUCCAUUCAUUAAAUAAGUUUAAAUAUGGAAAAAUUUCUUCCAAGCACAAUGGGAGUGUGAAAAAGGGUGUUAUUUUUGCUACCUAUUCUUCUCUUAUUGGUGAAAGCCAGUCUGGUGGUAAAUAUAAGACCAGGUUAAAACAGCUUCUGCAUUGGUGCGGUGAUGACUUCGAUGGAGUGAUAGUGUUUGAUGAAUGUCACAAAGCAAAAAACCUCUGUCCUGUUGGUUCUUCAAAGCCAACCAAGACAGGGUUGGCCGUUUUAGAGCUUCAGAACAAGUUGCCAAAAGCCAGAGUUGUUUAUGCCAGUGCCACUGGUGCUUCGGAACCACGGAACAUGGCCUAUAUGAACCGUCUUGGAAUUUGGGGUGAGGGAACUCCAUUCAGAGAAUUCAGUGAUUUUAUCCAAGCAGUGGAACGCAGAGGUGUUGGUGCCAUGGAAAUAGUUGCUAUGGAUAUGAAGCUUAGAGGAAUGUACAUUGCACGACAGCUGAGCUUUACUGGAGUGACCUUCAAAAUAGAGGAAGUUCUUCUUUCUCAGAGUUAUGUUAAAAUGUAUAACAAAGCAGUCAAGCUGUGGGUCAUUGCUAGAGAGAGAUUUCAGCAAGCUGCAGAUUUGAUUGAUGCUGAACAGAGAAUGAAGAAAUCUAUGUGGGGUCAAUUCUGGUCUGCACACCAGAGGUUUUUUAAGUACCUGUGCAUAGCAUCCAAAGUGAAAAGGGUAGUUCAACUGGCUCGGGAGGAAAUCAAGAAUGGGAAGUGUGUGGUAAUUGGUCUGCAGUCUACAGGAGAAGCUAGAACUCUGGAAGCCUUGGAAGAGGGUGGAGGAGAACUAAAUGAUUUUGUUUCAACUGCCAAAGGGGUAUUGCAGUCACUCAUUGAAAAACACUUUCCUGCUCCAGACAGGAAGAAACUCUAUAGUUUGCUAGGAAUCGAUUUGACAGCUCCAAGUAACAACAGUUCACCAAGAGAUAGCCCUUGUAAAGAAAACAAAAUAAAGAAGCGGAAAGGUGAAGAAAUAACUCGAGAAGCCAAAAAAGCACGAAAAGUUGGUGGCCUUACUGGUAGCAGCUCUGAUGACAGCGAAAGUGAGUCUGAUGUCUCUGACAAUGAAGAGAGUGACUAUGAGAGCUCUAAGAACAUGAGCUCUGGUGAUGAUGAUGAUUUCAACCCCUUCAGAGAUGAGUCCAGUGAGGACAACGAGGACGUAUCAGCUAACAGUAACACCAACAGUAACAGUAGCCUUAUAACGAGUCAGGAUGCUGUGGAAAGGGCACAGCAGAUGAAGAAAGACCUGCUUGAUAAACUAGAAAAAUUAGCUGAAGACCUCCCUCCUAACACCUUGGAUGAACUUAUUGAUGAACUUGGUGGUCCUGAAAAUGUGGCUGAGAUGACUGGCCGCAAGGGGCGGGUGGUGAGCAAUGACGAUGGAAGCAUAUCUUAUGAGUCAAGGUCUGAAGUUGAUGUGCCCGUGGAAAUUCUAAACAUCACGGAGAAGCAGAGGUUUAUGGAUGGAAAAAAGAAUAUUGCUAUUAUCUCAGAAGCUGCCAGCUCAGGUAUUUCAUUACAAGCAGAUCGGAGAGCUGAAAAUCAAAGGCGAAGAGUUCACAUGACUUUGGAGUUACCCUGGAGUGCUGAUAGGGCGAUUCAGCAAUUUGGAAGAACACACAGGUCAAACCAAGUAACUGCUCCAGAGUAUGUCUUUUUGAUUUCGGAACUGGCUGGAGAACAGAGAUUUGCAUCUAUUGUUGCUAAGAGACUCGAGAGUUUGGGGGCACUUACCCAUGGUGACAGAAGAGCAACAGAAUCUAGAGAUCUGAGCAGGUUCAACUUUGACAAUAAGUAUGGAAGAAAUGCUUUGGAAAUUGUUAUGAAAUCCAUUGUAAACUUGGAUUCUCCUAUGGUAUCACCACCUCCAGACUACCCUGGAGAAUUCUUUAAAGAUGUUCGGCAAGGACUGAUAGGAGUGGGCCUGAUUAAUGUUGAAGAUCGGUCAGGAAUUCUUACUCUUGAUAAAGACUAUAACAAUAUAGGAAAAUUCUUAAACAGAAUUCUGGGCAUGGAGGUACAUCAGCAGAAUGCGUUGUUUCAGUAUUUUGCAGACACGCUUACUGCAGUUGUUCAGAAUGCCAAGAAGAAUGGAAGAUAUGACAUGGGAAUCCUAGAUCUGGGUUCUGGAGAUGAGAAGGUGAGGAAGAGUGAUGUAAAGAAGUUUCUGACUCCAGGAUACUCCACCUCUGGCCACGUAGAGCUAUACACAAUUAGUGUGGAGAGGGGAAUGUCUUGGGAGGAAGCAACCAAGAUUUGGGCAGAGCUGACAGGACCAGAUGAUGGCUUUUACUUAUCACUGCAAAUAAGAAACAACAAAAAAACUGCAAUCUUAGUUAAAGAAGUAAACCCUAAGAAGAAACUAUUUUUAAUAUACCGACCAAACACUGGGAAACAACUCAAAUUAGAAAUUUAUGCUGAUCUGAAAAAGAAAUAUAAGAAGGUAGUCUCUGAAGAUGCCCUGGUGCACUGGCUGGAUCAAUAUAACUCCUCUGCAGACACCUGUACUCAUGCAUACUGGCGUGGCAAUUGUAAAAAAGCAAGUUUAGGAUUGGUAUGUGAGAUAGGUCUCCGUUGCCGCACAUACUAUGUGUUAUGUGGCUCAGUUCUGAGCGUCUGGACAAAAGUGGAGGGAGUUCUCGCCUCUGUCAGUGGCACGAAUGUGAAAAUGCAGAUAGUGCGGCUAAGAACAGAAGAUGGACAGCGGAUUGUAGGUUUGAUCAUUCCAGCAAAUUGUGUGUCUCCUCUUGUAAAUCUCCUGUCAACUUCAGACCAGUCUCAGCAGCUGGCGGUCCAACAAAAACAGCUGUGGCAGCAGCAUCACCCACAGAGCAUCACCAACUUGAGCAACUCGUAAAGAGCAGCAGCUUCCACAUGGUGUUGAAUGCUGUGAGAGCAUACCACUUGCAUAAAAAUCAGGGACAGUUUCCAAAGAAUUCUAUCUUUUUUUUUUCAGUUGUGCUCUCUAGUUAAUUUGGGGUGGGGGCGGGUGGGUUAAGGACAAACCUGGAAUAGGCAGCAACGCUGACAGCAAGCAGAGUGGAGGGUACAUGUGUCUUUCCUCUUGCUUCCUUGGGGCUGCCUGUGCGCUUUUACUUUGGAUGAGCAGAGUGGGUGUGUGUGUGUGUGUGGGUGUGUGUGUGUGUGUGUGUAUGUGUAUGUAUGCGUGCAUGCGUGCGCGCUUGUGCGUAUGUGUCAGUCUGUCUGUGAGUUAAUGCUACAAGACCACAUUUGGUUGAAAAUGCUUGGAACUUCCCAAACUGGCUUUACUCUUCCUUUCUACAGUGCUCAGGGUUAACACAGUAUAUCCUUGUCAUUACUGUGGGAGUUCCCCAGAUGCAUGUGUUCCAAGUCUCUAAAUACAGAAUAUAUAUAUUGGUUUCUUUUCCAACUUAAACAAUGUUUCCUACAGCAUGAAGUGAAGGGUUACGUGCCAUGCAUUCAGGUUCUUUUGUAGCUUUUGUUGACAGUGCAUGUCUUUGAAAGCAUGUGUAAUCACGAUUACCACAGAAGUCACAUGGAGAGAAGCAUUGAAGAUGUACAGCAUUGGGUAUUGCAUUUCUAGUGUUUACCUGGGUGUUGCUUCUAACCCUCAGUCCUGCCCACUCCUCCCUGUCCCAGGUUUAUUGUCAAAGUAGUAAGUACAUACCUUUUUAUGUGAUAAAACUCUUGAAAAUUUUAUUUUAAUGUAUUAAUAGUAUUCCUAAUUUGUGCUGCAAAAUGGCUAUGAGCCUUUUCGUAAGUUAUGUUUUCCUUAACUUAAACAUCGUUUUAGGAAGGAGUAUGAUUGGCUUCCAUCCUGCACACAAUCUUUUUUACUUCAUUAUCUGAAUCUGCUUGGUCAUUCAAACCGGAAACCGUACUUGAGUUGUAAACUAGACAGUGAAAAAACACUUGGCUUCUGCUGUAUGUUGUUGUUGUUGUUGUUACCCAGUAACUUGAAUAUUGUUUAAUGUGCUGUAAGACAUUGUAGAGAUUGUCUCCAGCUGUUGAAAAUGGUAAUGUACAAAUGUGAAUAGACACUUAUCUACAACAUGGGUAAGUUUGUUUCGCCUAUAAUAGAUGUUUAUAAAAAACAGUGAGGGG